AUGUCCUAUGAGCAAUUGCUUGGAGAUUAAAUACCAGAAUUAGAGAAAAUAGAUGUAUGGAGUCUUGGAGUCAUUCUCUAUGAAAUAGUAUAUGGAAAGCAUCCCUACAUUAAUACAGGAGGUGGCGUGAAUCUGAAUUAAAUCUUAAUAACUUAAAUGAUAGAAUAGAAAGAAAUAGAAUUUCCUCACACUAAUUAUGAUAAAUGGGUAAUAGACUUGUUAAAGGGCAUGUUACAAUUAGAUUACACAAAGAGAUUUAAUUUAUAACACUGCCUAAAUCACCCUUUUUUAAAUUGA